AUGAAGAGAUUGAAAUAUUUGCCUCGAAAAUUUCUUAUUUUUGAUGGUAUAAGUAUAGCAAUAGUUAUUCUUGUUAAUUUCUUAAUAUGUAAGCGCUAUUAUUCUUCACGAGAAACGAAUCCAUUGUGUCCACGUCCAAUAGGAUCUCGGAAAAAGAUAUAUAAUAACUUUGAAGAUAUAACAUUUAUUACUGUUCCAAGGAAAUUUAGUAACGGCAAUAUAUUCGAAAGGAAUAAACUGGCAAUUCAUUCUUGGUUAUCAGUCUCAAAUAAAAGUCGAGUUCUGUUAUUCAUAUAUAGAAGUGAUUUUGACCCUACUGACAAGUUUCCAUCACUACUUGAUAAGUUAUAUGGUCCAAAUCGCGUGAUUUAUGCUGGUCCUAUUCGAGCAGAUCAUAAAAGCAUACCUUACAUUGAUGAAUGGUUUAUUAAAGGUAUUCAGUAUGUCGAAUCCAAGUAUGUUUGUUUCAUUAACAGUGACAUAGUUUUAUCAUCAGGUUGGCUCACACGAGUUAAGCAAGUUUACGCUGUACUUAAGGAUAAGCCAAUAGUAAUGAUUGGUCAAAGAAUUGAUUUCGACUUGAAACCAGAGCUAUUAAAUGAAUUACAUUACGGAUCUAAAUAUUUCUUAAAAGAAAUUGAUGACUUUGUCAUGAAAUGUAACCAUUCUGAUCAUAGUCCUUAUGGUGUUGAUACAUUUACAUUCAGAACAGAUGUUUUGCCAUUUGAUCCCCAAAAGAUUCCUCCUUUCAUUAUGGGACGAUAUAAUUGGGAUAAUUGGCUUGUUGGAUUUCUAAAUAAUAACGUAUCAAUCCAUACGGUCACUUUUAAUUUGAGUCCACCUAUUUAUCACGUGAACCACAAACGCCAUAACUUUGAUGUUAAAGAGGAUAGAGUAGCUGUGAACCACCAUCUCAGACUUGCCAAUGGAGAACAUUUCGGAUCAAAUUACGAUACUUAUUGGGAAAUUUUCAAUGAACAAUUAACUUGUAAAUCUGCUCCAGAGAGCUACGAGUUACCAAAUGUUGAUGAUGUCUUGUAG